AUGACCCAAAAAUACGAAAGAUACCUUAAUUGGUUAAAAGACAAAAACCUGUCUCUGAACAGCAUUCGGGUUUAUAUGGAUACACUGACGAGAUUUCCUGUCAAAAUCACUACUCCCAAUUUACGGGAAUAUUUUUUAGCCCAAGUGAAAAAUUAUGAGCCAGCCAGUUUAAACAGCCAACGGAAAUUUUAUGCUACGAUUGACGAGAAAGAGUUAAGCCAGUUAAAAGCCGUCCAGGUAGAAAAAAGCCCCGAAGUUCACGAACGGAAUAAUUUAAUACUCGAUUUUCUGUUUUAUAGUGGAGUUCGGAUUAAUGAGUUAGUGAAUAUUCGGCAUAGUGAUUGGCAAGGUCAGCAAUUAAGAAUACACGGCAAAGGUAAUAAAGUCCGUUAUAUUUUACUACCUCCUUUUCUGAUUAGUUAUUUUCGUCCUUAUGUUGAUAAUUACUUAUUUACUAGUCGACCAGGGCAACCCGUUAAGGCCGAAUAUAUUCGCAAUCCCAGCAUAAAAGCCAUGCCAGAAAAUAAAACCCCCAACGGAGAAAUUAUUCGAGAAGUUAUUAAUAAUUCGAAAACUGACAAUUACGAAGAAUUAGUCGAAAAAAUAAAAAUCCGUUCUCGUCAAACUUCCCCUAUUGCGGAAAGGCCUGACCCUUUGCCCAAAAAGCAAAUAAUUGUCUCGGUUGUGUUUCGAAAUUCCCCCAACCCCCAGCCAAACAAGUGUUCUAACGAAAAAUGUCGUCAAGUUUAUCAAUUAAGAAGAGGAAGGAAAAAGAAAAAAGAACAAAACCAAUUAUUGUGCCCUAAGUCAGGAGAGGCUACCGAAUUAUUAGCCACUUUGGAGGAUAAAAGUGUUAGUUUAGUUUUCUUUGACCCUCAAUAUGAGAAAACAGGAGAUGUUUUGGUGGAAAAUUAUCCCUUACAAUACCAAACCGAAAACCAAAUCACCCACAUUAUUAAGGAAAUCAGCCGAAUAUUAAAGCCUAUUUGGACGGAAAAAAAGCCUUCCGACACUAAAAAACAGCACCCUCACCAAAAGCCCUUUUUUCUUAUUCGCACCUUAAUCGAAGCCACCACCCAAGAAGGAGAUUUAGUUCAAUUAACUAUGAACCAAAUUAACAUUUACCAAAAAUUAGCCCUUAUCCAAAAACAACUGAAAGGGAUUAAGAAAGGGACUUAUAAUUCUUUUCAAAAAUAUUACUAUUUCACCGAAACUCAAGCCCUUCGAGGCAUUAAACCUCUUUUGGAACAGCAUAAAUUAACCCUGACUUUUAGUGAUAAUCCCGAAAGCUCCCUGGGACAAAAUACGGACAUAGCCAAAGCCAAAGGCACCGAAGGAGGAGAAUAUGUGCUUAUUUCUGACCGACAGAAAUUUAUUACUCGUUAUGCUGGUGUAGGAUUUAUUUUGGACCCUGCCAAGCCUAUUUUUUAUAAACAAGUUCUCCCCAAUGAGAAGGUUAUUUAUUAUCGUAGAGACAUUAAAAGCCCACCCGAAGCAGGUAAAAUGAUGGUGGUAGAAUUGACGGGAGACGAUAUCAUAGAAAAA